AUGGAUAACAGCAGUGGUCCUGUUCUUCUCCUUACCUUGCUGCUGCAGAACACGAGCAGCCCCAGAGCCUUCACCCCUGCUGCCUACGAGGGGGCAGAACCUCCCCUCCCUGGGGCCGGCCCCAGCGGGAACCACUCCCUGGCAGAGUACGGGCUGAGGCCGGGCGAAAUCGCCACUGCCGGCGUGGUCUGGGGAGCGCUGUGGCUGAUCUCCGUCCUGGGAAACUUCCUCGUGUGCUUGGUGAUCCACAGGAGCAGGAGGACACAGUCCACCACCAACUACUUUGUGGUGUCCAUGGCCUGCGCAGACCUCGUGAGCAGCGUGGGGAGCGCGCCCUUCCUGCUGCUGCAGCUGAGCUCGGGGCGGUGGAUGCUGGGCAGCGGCGUGUGCCGGCUGGUCAGGUACACCCAGUACCUCACGCCCGGGGUGCAGAUCUACGUGCUCCUCGCCAUCAGCGUGGAUCGAUGCUAUGCUCUCAUCUAUCCCCUGAAUUUCAGAGUUUCCAGGGAGAAAGCAAAGAGGAUGACUCUUGUUUCUUGGCUCUGUGGUGCUCUGUUUGCAUCACCAGCCUGUUUUCUCUACGGCUCCAGCACUGACCACCACUGCAACUUUUUCCUCCCCAGUUCUUGGCUAGGAGUCACCUCUGGUGUCAUCCACCUCUCAGUGCUGUUGCUUUUGAUCCCAUCACUCCUCAUUAUCCUCUGCUACCAGAAACUUUUCAUCUACAUUUGGGGAAGUGGCACUGAGGACACAGCUGGCAGGAGGACAGUGAAUCUUGUCUCAAGAAGAAAAGUGAAAACUGUCAAGAUGUUCUUCAUCUUUGUCUUGAAUUUUCUCCUGUCCUGGCUGCCUUUCUUCAUGGUACAGUUGUGGCACCCACAGGAAACAGACUACAGAAAGAGCUCCUUGCUUUUCUUGGCUGUCACCUGGAUCUCUUUCAGUUCCUCAGCCUCUAAGCCAACCCUCCUCUACAUCUAUAAUGCAAACUUCAGAAGAGGAAUGCAAGAAAUUUGUUGCAUGCGGAAAUACCCCAGAAGCAACAUCUACACCAUUACCACCAGUUCCAGGACAGACAAAAACAAUGACGUAUGGAUCACAGAUAUCCCAGCACCCGCUGAACCUCAGCAAAGACCACCUUUAAUGUUUUGAACAGAGGAGUCAAGGAUCAUGAGCUUGCCAUGCCUGGUGAGCCCAGUCCCACAAACUCAUUUGCCAACAGGGUUGCAUUACUUUGAAAAGCAA